AUGUACGAAGGGAUUGACAACCUGAAAUCCCUUUACGACCGUGCCGGGAAGACUUUCUCCGGCGGUCCUUCUGCGGCACAGGAUGUGUCGCGUCGUACUGCUCGACCAGACCCAGUACGUCAACCAUCAAUUGGGAGCGGGGCUCCCAAGAAUCCCAGGACGGGGGAUAGCCGCGCCACCGGACGAGGUAACUCGUCCGACGUCCGUUCACGUCGCGGUGGUUCAACAGCUGCUCAACUAGAUAGCGCUGGCCACCGCGAGAGUCCUCUAAUGGAGGUGGAGGAGGAGGAAAGACGCUCUCCACACGAUCAUGUGGAUCGGUGUGUUCCCGAGAGCUUCUUUGAUCGCGUAACGCAAGGGUUACGCGACGAUCUCGAGCAUGAGCGGAAUAGGCGUCUCCAGAUGGUGGACACUGCCUCGAAGCAUCGAGCUGAGUUUGCCUUUGCUCAGCUUGAGAACGAGAGAUCUCUGACAUCUCUUCGUGACGAGCUAAGGGUAGCUCGUGGGAUUGUUGAUCGGUCUCGGGCUGAGAUAACUGCUCUUCAGACCCUUGUUGAUGCCCACCAUCGGGAGCACAAGGCUCUCUGCGAGAUGCUUGAGCGCAAGGGCGUUCUUCAUCGGAAGAAGCAGCGUACUGAUGGUACGGCUUAA